AUGCUUGAGAAGAGUUUGAUUGCUCGCUUUGCCAUGGACGCCUCUCGUCUUCGAUCCCCGAGCCCGGCCUGGCUCGAUCACGAAGCUCUGCUGAAGGAUACCCACCUGUCCACCAUAGCUUCUCAAUUUGCUCUGCCAAGUCAAACUGGGGUCAUGUGUUGGCAAUUCCUCGAAUGUGUGGGCCCCUUCAUUUGCUUCAGAUCCUAG